CUCUAUAAAGACUCCUUCGACCACUAGGUUUAGAGCAGCAGCAGAUCAGUUCAACCUCGGCAUCUGCUAUUCCCAACCGGCUCCCCACAGAAAGCUUCAAUGUUGAACGAGGUGAUCAAACCCACGCGCAAUCAGCUGAGCAGCGAUCGUCGAUGGCUGCUAAUAUCUCUGUAGUUCUCAUAUUAUCACAUAGAUUACAUCCGAAUCAAAGAUCUGAGUCUCAUCUCAUCUCAUCUUCUGACCAGGGCAACGGUAGCCGGCAACCACUUUGGCGCUUUUGGCAGAACCGCAGUCGGACUUAGUCCUCGCUUCUAAACCCCGACCCCAGUUCAGGUAGGAACAUAAACUACCGCGAUCACCAUGGCUCUGUCCUCAUAACCCCAAUCCCUACAUCUGUUGAGCUAUUUCAUAGACAUGGACCAGACUGCGCAACAGCCAGAGGACUUCCUCGGAUGGCCUAACGCGCAGGGCUUCGCGGACCAAGAAGAAACCACCGUCCCCACCCCGCUCGAAAUCCACGGCCGUAUCCCUUCCUACGUCAACUGCGCCCUCUACCGCACCGGUCCAGGAAGCUACACGGUCCCGCUGACGAAGAAACCAGGCGGCGGAGAAUUCAAGAUAUACCACUGGUUCGACGGCUUCGCGCAGCACCAUAAAUUCGACAUCACCGCCCCGUCAGCCGACUUCCCGGAUGGAAAAGUCGUGUAUCGGUCAAAACACGCUGCCACGGGCCUCAAGAAACGAAUCGAUGACUUGAACGGAAGUCCUAAUAACCCAAGCUUCGGAUACCGCGACCCAUGCAAAAACAAGUUCCAGAAAUUCUUCACAAAGUUCGAACGCUCGUCGCCCGACGACCCCAGCACCGCAAACGUCUCUGUCACUGUCAAUCCGAAUUUCCCGUCGUCAUUGAUGUCUGGCGACAGCGGCGAGCUCCUGCUCUACGCCAAGACGGACGCGAACGUGCUCAUGCAGUUGAACAAAGAGACACUUGAACCCGAACAGGUCUCCACCUGGACAAAACUGUACGCGGAAUCCCACGAGCACCACGACAGCAAAGAUGAGGAGGCCGCAAAGUUCGCGUUCCAGAACCCGCUCGACGGCCCGCUAAGCGCCUCACACUCCUGCUUCGACGCCGGCAAGGAAUUCAACUUCACCAUGAAAUUCGGUCGUCAGCCCACCGUCACGCUUUUCAGCAUCGACUCCACCCGCACCUUUGAGAUCUACGCCACCGUCCCGAUCGAGCGGCCGGCGUACCUGCACUCUUUCUUCCUCUCGAAGUCUUACAUCGUGCUCUGUCUCUGGCAGGCCGAUUUCACGUUCGGAGGUUUGUCGUUCUUGUGGAAUCGCAACACACUCGACAGUAUAAACAAAACCUGGAAUCCCGCGCGGAAAACGCUCUGGUACGUCGUCCCGCGCGACGGCUCCGCCCGCUCCGACCCAUCGAAAAUCAAAGUCUUUGAAUCCGACCCAUUCUUUGCAUUCCACACCAUAAACACCUACGAACAAGACGACGAUAUAUACCUCUCCAUCGCACAAUGCGACACGCACUCCUUCCUCUACGGCCUCGCACUCGACUCCAUCAAAAGCGACACCGCAACCUCCUCGUUCCUCCCCGACGCGCCCUACUACGCGCGCUGGAAACUCCCCUCGGUAUCAAAAACAGGCGGGUUCACGUCCACAGGCAAGUCCGACCCCGCAGCGCGCGGCACCGCGAUCCUCGACGCCCGCUCAGACAAGCGCGAGGCAAAUAUCGAGUUGCCGACGCUGAACCCGGCGGUCGCGUUCAAGCGAGAGCACUUCGUCUACGGCAUCGGCACAGACGGCGUGUCAUCGUUCUUUGACCGGGUUUUGAAAAUUAAUACGCAGACAAUGCAGGCUAUCUACUGGACGCAGCACGGCUGUACACCUUCCGAACCGCUGUUCUUUGCAGAUCCGCAGGGUGAGAAGGAGGAUGAUGGCGUGCUGCUUACUGUUGUCUUGGACGGGUUUAAGAAGCAGAGCGAGCUGGUUAUUCUCGAUGCGCGUGAUUUGAGCGUGGUCUGUCGCGCAGUAGUGCCGGGGAAUAAAGCGGUGGGGUUUGGAUUCCAUGGCGCGAUUAGCCCUCGGUGAGAUCUCAUGUUGGUA